AUGGCAGAAAAAACGGUCGUGCAACGUUCAGGUAAUGCUGUACAUAAAGAAGUUUCAUCUUAUAAUGAAUUAUAUCAAGAUUCAACAUCUGUUGAUAAACGAAAAGAUCAAUAUAAAACUUUAGUAACAAAUUAUUAUAGUUUAUCAACAGAUUUUUAUGAAUAUGGUUGGGGUCAAAGUUUUCAUUUUGCUAAUCGAUUUCGUGGCGAGACAUUAGCAGAAUCAAUACAACGACAUGAAUCUUAUUUAGCAUUAAAAAUGAAUGUUAAACAAGGUGAUAAAGUACUUGAUAUUGGUUGUGGAGUUGGAGGACCAUUAAGACGUAUUGCAUACUUAACUAGAGCACAUGUUACUGGUUUAACAAUCAGUCAAUAUCAAGUUCAACGAGCUAAAACUAUUGGUGUACCACCUAAUUGUCAAUUUAUACAAGGUGAUUUUAUGGAAUUACCAUUUGAUGACAAUAGUUUUGAUCAUGUUUAUGUUAUUGAAGCUGUAUGUCAUGCACCAGAAAAGGCUAAAUGUUUUGCUGAAGUUUUUCGUGUUCUUAAACCAGGCGGUUCAUUUGUUGGUUAUGAUUGGUGUUUAACGGAUAAAUAUGAUAAAGAAAAUCCUACACAUGUUGAAACAAAACGUUUAAUAGAAGAAGGUGAUGCAUUGCCAGAAUUAAAAACAACUCAUCAAAUAAUAUCAGAUCUUAAAUCCGUUGGUUUUACUAUUGAAGAAAAUCAAAUAAUACCCGAAGGUGAUAUUCCAUGGUAUCAACCAUUGAAAGGUGGGGAUUCAUUUUUUUCACUGAAUAAUCUUCGUGCAUCAUCAAUUGGUCGAUGGUUAACAAGUAAUAUGGUUUGGCUUAUGGAAAAAACUUGGAUAGCUGCUCAAGGAAGUGUCGGAACACUUAAAAUACUCGAAAAAGCUGCUGUAGGUUUAGUACGUGGCGGUGAAAGUGGUAUAUUUACACCAUAUUUCUUUUUUCUUGCUCGAAAAUCUUAA